UUAGAGUGAUGAUAGAUUGAUGCAGUGACAUUCCUGUCACACUUCUGUUCAAAGGGUGGUGAUUUUGUUUUAACUGAACACUAGAAUCUAUUUGGUAACAGCUAAACAUUUUUGGGGGCUUCUUUAAGACAAGACAAGCUGAAGAGAUACAUUUGAAGCGAAUACAAGGAGGACAGAGGUCCUUGAGCGAAUCAACACAACUAGAUCUAGCCUAGGCUACCUUGACCUUGCUGGGGGGGAAAGCUACGAGUUGCUAAAAUUAGGUGAACCAUGAACGAACACAAAUCGACAACAGCAACACACAAGCAGUGCUGAGGAAUCUGAGCGGGCAUUGUUUGUUGUCCCAAAUUCAGAUUCUUGAUUAUCAUCGUCUUGUUCGAAAACAAUUGCUUUCUUUCAUCAACAAUCAAUGGAAGCAAGUCCAAAUCUUUGUUGAGCGUUUACUUUCAUAGUGACUUACAUAGUUACAGUGCAGAUUUUCCAGUAGAUGACUACGGGGGGAAGGUAUUGAUAAAAAAGAAAAUGCCUGGAAGAAUCGCUGAGGUGAACCCGUUGCUUGCCAGCAUUGACGAUGUGGUGAUUGACGAAAGUGGUCGGUUCAAGUACAUCCUGUGUAAGGUUUAUCAAGAUGGGAUCAAAGAGGAGACGAAACUUAUAGUGCGAGGAACUAAGCAGGCUGAGUUCCACGCUGACAUCUAUGAUCACCUGGAUGCAUUCCUGGAGGAGGUUGGGGUCACCUGUGAAUGCGUCGGUGGUGGAAAGAUGGAGCAUGAUCCAGUGGGGAAGACUAUAUCUGUCUUUGGCUACUCUCAAGGCUACGGCAAGGCUGACCACUCUAUCACAGUGAGGCUGCUGAAGGAGAAGUACCCGGACUACCACAGCAUCACCUGGUCAGAUGACUAAUUGCCCACGCCCGAGCAGGCUUGCUGUUGUACAUUGUACUGAAGGCUGUUGACUCAUGUGUACAUACAUGAUGAAAUAUUGUAUUAUUAUUAUUAUUAUUUUUAUUAUAUAUAAAUAGUUGUGGACUUUUGGAGGGAUGAAUACAGUGGGACUGACUUGGGAUAUUUUUUCUUCUUCAGGGUUUGCACUGAAAAGCAGGCUAUGUUGUUGUUUUAUAUCACAGUUGAGAGCUUUUAGCAAUUUACAGAUUGUGUUCUCAAGGUGUCAAAGAGGUUUCUUGAGAUAUUGUGAAAAGGACGACAGUUUUGUCAACAGAUCUUGUUGAAACUCUUGAAACUGCAGUCAUUAGGGUCUGUAAGAGUACAGAGUUAGGAUAAAUAAAAAAUCUGUAAGUUUAAUCAAAAAAGGUAAUGGUUUUGGCCAGCAUGUAUUACUGAAUUCUUAUAAUGCCAAUAUCCUUUGUUAGGUACAUGUACACGUAUAAGAGAGUAUUUGAUCUCCAUGAAUGUUCCUGUACAUGGUUCCACUGUAUCAAAUCCAGUAAAGUGUAUUUUUCCUGUCAUGCUUUAUUUAAGCAGUUUGUAUUGUCUUUCUUAACCGCAACUACACAAUGUGCAGAAAUAAAAUUUGUUUUCAUGUUAAUUUUGGCUUGUUGUUAGGAAAUCUUGAAUAGAGCCACUGUCAGAUAUUUUUUUUUUCCCUUUAGUUUGUCGAAAUGUCUCAGUGAGGCGGAAGAAAAUGUUUUUGUUUUCUUUAGUGAGAUUUUGUGAAUCAGAUUGUAUUAGAAAGGGACACCACUGUGAGUAUGAUUUUGCCAAACGGUGACAAAUUUUUUUAUUGAUUUGUUUGUUUUGAUUUCGUCUGUAGGGUGACGGCAAUGGUUAGUCCUCGUUGUCUCACACAGAAGAUGCAAGUUGAAUACACAUUUAGCGGAUAAGUUAUUUGACCCAGUAUCUUAGCCUCUGUUGGUGGGAUGUUGUUAUCCCACUCAGCCUUCAUUAACACCGACAGACUGGUUUGAAGCAAAUUGUGUCGAUUUUGGGUGAGGGGAGGAGGUGGGUUGCAUAAAAUGCUCUCAAUUCUUUUUGGUUUAUACUUAAGAGGAUGCGCCUUCCACUUCUGUAUGAAAUGUUUUGUCUAUUGUAUGAGGAACUGUGGCUCAAAUUGGAAGGGGGUUUCACUGAUUUUGUCUUUUUGGUUUCUCUUCCAGCCUCCUCUAUGUCGAGAUAAAGACUAAUGUUAAAGAGGUCAGUGCCUUCUGUAACCCAUUGUAAGAGGUUUUAAUUCUUUAUACCCUGAGUUUUUCCCCUGUUUCCCAGAGUUUUUCUACAGUCACCUAAACCUGGUGCACUAUGUUUCAUUAUAACCCCAAAAACUUGCCUCCAACUUCUAAAUGGCAUAAACAAAGACUUAGUCAUAACUAAAAAACUUGGUUUGGGAAUAGUUUCGAAAAACAAGGAAAAACUAGUACUAAAUGAAACGAUACUGUCGUCACUGGUAUCGGACGCUCCCAUCGUCCGAUGGGGUUUAAAGAGUUAAAGCACAGAACCAUAUCUCACACUCUAACAAUUUUAUUUCUGAACAUUGUUGACUGCAAAUACUCGUGGUUGCUUUUUUGAUAAGCUGUGAAGUGUAAUGAAAAUGUUUGUCCUGAACAGCUUGCAGGUAUCAGAGUCUUUGACAAGUGCAAUCCGGUGGCCGGGUUUUCCUUGAUACAGGAAGAUCUGGGUUGUGAAGGGUUUAUUUUAAUUUUUAUUGCUGGAUGUCGUUACCUAGUUGUAUAGAUGUGCUAAGCCCAAAGUUUUUAGAAUUUUGUUUUAAUGCAGUUUGUUUGUCAGUGCUAUCAGCAAAGAAAUAUUUUGUCAAAACGCAGAUUCUUAAUCUUGAAAAGGCAAGAAAGAUACAUAAAUUAGGUUCAAUUGUUAAAUGAAAGAAACAAUUUUUUUCCCUCUAUCCUGAAAAAUUUUGCUUUCUGGAUUUAAACCAUUUGAACAGCUUGCUGAGGAUGUAUAGAGAUUAAAGGCUGUAAAAUUUCUAAGCUUGUGACGGAUAUGUAUACCCAGCGGCAAUAGAAACUUUCCACUUUGUUUUUUGUAACUGCACCCUUGUUCACUUGAGAAGGUGAGCUUAAUUUCGCACAUCACUCACCAUGUACCAACGAUGACUCCGCGUUGAUCUUUUUCUUGAACAAAAAUUUAACCACAAGGUCUCGUGACCCACAUGCAAAUUAACACUUUUUGUGACUUAAGUUCCGCGGAAAUUAUGCAAUCUUCCAAACUGUAUUUAGAUAAACAUAUCAGCGACUUUAGAACCGGAAAAACAAGUUACAUACACAGUCCAGCUUGUUUUUGUCGUCUUAAAUUGCUGUACAAGAUGCCAAGGUUAAGCCUUGAGGAGCGCUGUUGAGCAUUUUGAAUACUGCAAGCUGUACUAUCUGCCCGUAGAGUGGCGCGGAUGUUUCAUUGCUCCCAUCCUACCAUCAAUAUCCUGAACGAUUGGUUCCAAUCCAAGUUACUGUAGUUACACCUGAUAGACUCAAACCAGGCAGACCAUUGGUCGAUACUGCCCAAAAAGACAGACUGAUACUGCUCUGGUAUCUUUGAAAUCACUUUCUCACCACGACCAGCUCUUCAUGUCUGUUUCAUACAGACACUGGAAGAGUUUUCAACAAUAGAAGGAUACAACUACGGCCUUGAAACACAUUCGGACAUCAAGCAAGGCGGCCUUAUAAUUACCAACGUUUUGCCGUCUUUCCAAUAAUUACGCUUGAACUGACUGGGCCUAAGAGGGAGCUCCCAAAACGGCAAUAACAUUGUACAACGACUGGGACAAGCUUUGAUUCAAAGGUGGAAUGGACUGCCACAACAAUUAAUUAAAAUAAGAAAACAAAAAACGGACUCAAUCAGUGCGUAGAACAUGCCAAGCUUUCUUCAUUGCAAGGAGCUACAAUGCCCGCUACUGACAUGAAUUUUUUUAAUCAAGGGGUACCAGUUUGUGCUCAACAUUGCCACUAUAUGAUGAGAUAUGAUCAAAAUACAAAAAGUAAUACACUUAUUUACAUACUUUGAAAUAUGUCUGUGUCAAUUUUUGUUUUUAUAUAUGUUGAAUAAUAACCACAGUACAGGUUUUUCUCCAAGUGGAAAGUUUCUAUUGCUGCUGUUUAUAUUUAGAUUGAAAUGUGGAUAGUUUUGAAGUUAUUUUAAGCUAUGUCUCUUGAGUGCUUUGUUGACGUGGUAGAUUUGCUCGCAUUUACAUCUUUUAGUAUUGGAUUAUAUAAUAAUUUACAUUUGUCUAUGCCAUUUUUAUAAUAGCUUUUAGAACACUGACUGUAAUUUUAAUGAUAUUAAUUUCAAGUCAUUACUUUUGAUGGCUGUAACACAAAUAUGUGUAAUGACAUGGUGGAAUCAUGUGCUCAUCAAUUUUUGGGCAUAUAGAGUUAUUUGUAUCAUCAUAUAGCCUCUUCAUUUGUCUUGCUUUUGACGAAAAAAAUAUUCAUCUUUCUUGAAUUGAAGUUGAGAUAUUUUGGAUUGAAGGUGUUAAGGUUGCCUGGUUUCUGAGGUGAAAUUAGUGAAAAAAUGGCUGCCAAAGUCUGCCGACUGCCGUAGCCUAAGAGUCCUUUGCAGCUGAAAAUGUACACCUUUUGUGUCUUUAAUUAACGUUUUCCAGUAAAAUUCACACAGAAAUAUGUUUUUAAAUGAACCUAUAAGGUGUUGAACCAUUUUUUAAACUCUUUGCCUCCGAGGGGGGUAAACCCACUACUCCGGGACCCUUUUUUGGUGCUAAUGUUGAAAAUGACGAAAACACCGUGUUAAGUCGAAACUGGCAAACCUAUUUUGAUAGUUCUUCAUUUAAUGGUUAAACUUCCGGUAUAAGAGACCUCUUUUCGGCAAAAGUAAUUUGAUGUCGAAGUCGUAAAGGAUCAUGCCCGAGCUGAGGCUCACCGACCCAGUGGUUGUGACUGCGAGCUGCUGGGAGCGGCUUGCUGGAGAUAAAGAGUUAAAAAUUUGA